UAAUAUGGAAAAAAAUUUGGGAAGGGAAAAAUAGAGAGAGAGUUUCGUAGCUUAAGAAGAAGCUGUUCUUGGGCCCAACAGCUACACGGAGUAGCAGGAGUUCUUGAUAACAGUGAAGACAUCGCCAGCAUCCCACAAAAAAGGCUUGAUGUAGUUCGCUGAAAAUGAAAAGGGUGGUUUAUUUACUUCAACAAGAGUUGGGAUUUUACAAUUGACGAAAAGUUGAAGACUUAGAACCUCAAUUGGUCAGGGCAAUCAGAAGUUGAGCCAAAUGUGGUAAAAUUCACAAGGUUGAGGAAGAUCAAGUUUGAUAAUGAAAUUCUUUCGGUAGGGAUAAAAUACUAAAGAGAUCAAGGGCAGAGAUGUUUUCGUUGUUUUAUGGACUCUGGAAAUAUAUGUUCAGUAAGACAGAGUUUCAUGUACUCAUUCUUGGAAUCGACAAAGCUGGGAAAACGACUUUGCUCGAGAAGUUGAAAUCACUUUACUCAAACUUGGAAGGUCUCCCUCCUGAUCGAAUUGUUCCAACUGUGGGACUUAAUAUUGGUCGUAUUGAAGCAUCAAAUACCAAACUUGUGUUCUGGGAUCUGGGAGGUCAGCCUGGUCUUCGCUCAAUCUGGGAAAAAUAUUAUGAAGAAGCACAUGCCGUGGUCUAUGUAAUUGAUGCCACUUGUCCUUUACGUUUUGAAGAUUCAAAAUCUGCAUUGGAAAAAGUUCUUCGGCAUGAGGAUUUGCAAGGAGCUCCUCUAUUGAUUUUGGCCAACAAGCAGGAUCUUGCUGAUAGUGUAUCAGCUGAGGAACUUGCUCGAUAUCUAGAUCUUAAAAAGUUGGAUGAAAGGGUUUAUAUGUUUGAAGCCGUUUCAGCAUAUGAUGGGAUGGGGAUUAAAGAAAGUGUGGAGUGGUUGGUGGAGGUAAUGGAGAGAAGCAAGAGAACUGAAAUGUUGAGAGCCCGUGCAGGAGCAACAGGCCCUGCUUCUAACUAGAAUGGCAUGUAUCAGCAACCGAUAUGGCAGUUGGGUUGCCCUGCUUCUUUCUGUAACAGUUGUGUAAAUAAAUCAGGCUUUUUGAAUUCAUUCUGAUUAUUUAUUACAUGAUUCUAAGUCAACGAUCAAAGUUUUCACGUCUUCUUCAGGCUAGUUCUUCUAAUUGUUCUUACUUUUUUAGCUGGAAAUUCAGAAUGUAAGAUAGAACUUAUUAUGUGAAUCUUGUAUUUUAAAUUGCCGUUUCCUACA